AUACUGCAGAGUUGAGACUGUAAAUUGUUGAGAAAUUCAGAUCUCUCUCUCUCUCUCCCCAAGCCUCCGAGAUUCUGAUUGAAGCUGGAGAGUGGUUCGUGAGUCUCUGACCUCGAUUUCUUCUUCCUCUGCAACGUAACUAAGAUGGCAAAAAUUCCCAUCUUUUUGAUGGGGGUUUUGCUUUUGUGCUUCAGUGAAGCGCUGGCGAAGCCUCACUACUUGAGAUAUAAAGACCCAAAACAGCCAUUAAAUGUUAGAAUAAGAGAUCUACUUGGUCGGAUGACCCUUGAAGAAAAGAUUGGCCAAAUGGUGCAAAUUGACCGAACCGUUGCUUCAAAGGAGGUUAUGAAAAAGUAUUUAAUUGGGAGUGUACUGAGCGGCGGAGGCAGUGUUCCUGCAAAAGAGGCAUCUCCAAAAGUUUGGAUUGAUAUGGUGAACGAAUUUCAAGAAGGGUGUUUGUCAACUAGACUUGGUAUUCCAAUGAUUUAUGGGAUUGAUGCUGUACAUGGUCACAACAAUGUUUAUAAGGCCACAAUUUUUCCUCAUAAUGUUGGCCUUGGAGCCACCAGAGAUCCCGAGCUUGUUAAGAGAAUUGGAGUGGCUACUGCACUCGAAGUCCGAGCUACUGGCAUUUCUUAUGUCUUCGCACCUUGCAUAGCGGUUUGUAGAGAUCCACGAUGGGGAAGAUGCUAUGAAAGCUACAGCGAAGACCCCAAAAUUGUUCAAUCGAUGACCGAAAUUAUAUCAGGUUUACAAGGAGAAAUCCCAGCCAACUCUCGGAAAGGCGUUCCUUAUGUUGCAGGAAGAGAAAAAGUAGCAGCUUGUGCAAAACAUUUUGUAGGUGAUGGUGGAACUACCAAGGGGAUCAAUGAAAACAACACAGUCAUAAAUAGACAUGGACUGCUUAGCACUCACAUGCCGGGCUACUAUAACUCUAUCAUCAAGGGCGUAUCAACUAUUAUGAUCUCAUACUCUAGCUGGAAUGGAAAGAAGAUGCAUGCUAAUCGAGAACUUAUUACCGACUUUCUCAAAAACACUCUCCGUUUCAGGGGUUUUGUUAUCUCAGAUUGGCAAGGCAUUGAUAGGAUUACCUCUCCACCUCAUGCAAAUUAUACAUAUUCCAUUAUAACAGGAGUCACUGCUGGUAUUGACAUGAUAAUGGUUCCAUUCAAUUACACAGAGUUCAUUGAUGGCCUCACUUACUUGGUAAAAACCAAUGUAAUUCCCAUGAGUCGAAUUGAUGAUGCAGUAAAGAGAAUUUUACGAGUCAAGUUUAUUAUGGGUUUGUUUGAGAACCCAUUAGCUGAUCAAAGCUUUAUCCAUCAACUCGGUAAAAAGGAGCAUAGAGAAUUAGCUAGAGAAGCAGUAAGGAAAUCACUAGUGCUGUUAAAGAAUGGAGAAUCUGCUGACAAGCCAGUGCUUCCUCUCCCAAAGAAAGCACCAAAAAUACUUGUUGCUGGUAGCCACGCAAACAACCUUGGUUUUCAGUGCGGUGGUUGGACAAUUGAAUGGCAGGGUCUUGGCGGCAACAACCUUACUACUGGUACAACAAUCCUCUCGGCAAUCAAAGAUACAGUCGAUCCUAAAACAGAAGUCGUCUUCGAUGAAAAUCCAGAUGCAGAGUUUGUCAAGUCAAACAAAUUUUCUUACGCCAUUGUUGUAGUAGGAGAACAUCCAUAUGCAGAAACUUUUGGAGACAGCUUGAAUUUAACAAUUGCUGAGCCUGGUCCAAGCACCAUCACGAAAGUGUGUGGAGCAGUCAAAUGUGUGGUUGUAGUAAUUUCAGGGCGGCCUGUAGUUAUCCAGCCUUACACUGCUUUAAUAGAUGCACUUGUUGCUGCUUGGCUUCCAGGAACCGAAGGCAACGGCAUUACUGAUGUGUUAUUUGGGGAUUAUGGAUUUACUGGAAAACUUUCACGAACAUGGUUUAAGACAGUUGAUCAACUGCCGAUGAACAUUGGCGAUCCACAUUAUGAUCCUCUGUUCCCAUUUGGAUUCGGGCUUACUACCAGUCCUGUUAAAGCCAAUUAGAGGUGUUGUUUUGCCUUUAUUGUAAUGUCUAGGGAGAUUAUGCAAGCCUAAUUAUUAAGAGGCUGUUGUGGCGCAAUUAUUGAAUAAGAGAUGCUUUCUAAUUAGUUGAUCAAUAUGAUGAUAAUUAGGCAAAUUUCGUA